AGGCUCAUAUGACCCCAGCUAGAUGGGACCCUCUGUUCCCCUUAGGAUGGAAUCCCCGAUGAUGAGGACCCGGCGUUUCUUCCUCCUGGUGCUCCCUCUCUGUGCCAUCUUUGUCAUACGUGGAGUGGCAUCAUCCCCGUUGGAGGCAUCCCCUUCAUCCUUCUCUUCCAAGGCUGCUAGGGUCUCGUAUCUGUUCCUGAGUUGUACCUGCGGAGACUCUACCAUGCUAGCCCAAGCAGCCCUGGUUCUGGUGGGUACCUUCUGCCACUCCUCUGUUGUGCAUCUCUCCUGGGGGGUCUUUAUGCUGGAUGACUGGUCCUACAGUGAAUGGAAAUAGGUGUCAAUUUCAUCCUCUGCAGCCCUGAUCCCCAGCAGCCUGCUCACCUCAGCCUGCAGCUCCCUCACCUGCUCCUCCAGGUCCCUAAGUCAGGCACAGGAGGGACAGGCAAGGGAACCACCAGACCCCUCUCCUACUACCAACCUCUGGAUCCCCACCAGACUGCCCCCACAGACAGGGGCGCAGGGGGCCGCUGACCCUGCCAUGAGCUCCGUCUGGGUGGAGGCCUCAGAGAAGCCCAGAGCAGGUGGCACCACCAGGGCCCCAAGCAGCUGCGCUCCAUGUCUGUACCAUGUCCAUGAAGCUGUGAGUCAAAUUCUCUCACCUAUUGGAGGCUCCUUCUGGACCGCUGCCAUGCGCCCACCUUGUGUAAACGCCGGUGCAAAUGCCAGCACGCCCUUCCAAAGCGCACCUGUUUGCAUGCACUGUUCAUGCGCGCUGCCCACAUGCGGCCCGGGAAUGCAGCUCCCUGCCAGCUGGACUAAAAGGCAUCUGGGGGGCUUCCCCUCCGGAUCCACCUCAGCUGUGCCAGCUCCCUCUGCCCCACUUACCUUAGGGGGAUCAGCGGCUGCUGCCCCCUCUGCUGCCUCUGCUGCUGCAGCUGCCUUCGCCGCUGCUGGUGAGGUAAGGGGGUACACGUGUGUGUGGGGACACACGUGUGCCUGGCUCCCUCCAUACUCUGCUCCAUGCCUCCAACUGCCAGGUGUUGGUUCAAACCACGGCUUUUCAAGGCCACGGUUUGAAUUUGCUGCAUCUGCCCUUGCAGCCAAUCAAGUGCUCUGGCUACCCCGGAAGUGCCUGCCAGCAGCCCCUCUCCCUACAGUCUCUCCCAGUGAAAGCAGCCUUGAGUUUCUGGGGUGGCUGGUGCCACCGCCCCAAGGGACUGCCCCAGCAGUGCUCCCUUGCUUGGGGAGAUCAGUCCCCCCCCAGGCCUCCCCCUGUCCACACGCGGAACCCACGUGCGGCCCAGAAGCACGACUCCCUGCCAGCUGGGCUAAAAGGGAUCCAGGGGGCUUCCCCUCCGGAUCUGCCUCAGCUGCACCAGCUCCCUCCACCCCACUUACCUUAGGGGGAUCAGCUGCUGCUGCCCCCUCUGCUGCCUCUGCUGCUGCCACCACCUCCACCACCGCCGGUGAGGUAAGGGGGCACACGUGUGUGUGGGGAUGCAUGUGUGCCCGGCUCCCUCUUCAUUCUGCUCCUUGCCCCAAACUGAUUUUGUAA